UAUUUCUUCUUCACUUUGGUUUUGUUUUUUUUUUUUUUUUUUUUUUGCAGUUUAUUUUUUUACUAAUGUUCAUGCUGCCGGAUGCCCAGAACGAGUAUUUUUGGGAUGUGUUCUACGAUUACGAGCACAUCGAGUACCAUUUGAAAGGAAUAUAUUGGCUGUUGUGUUUAAAGUUGACUCUGAAGCUAAAUUGAAAAGGACUUGCAGCAGUUACUCAAAUAUUAUGCCAUGUUUUCGAGACAAAAUAAAUGAUUGUGGUGACGAUAAACAACGACGAUUGUUAAAUGAGGUUGGUAAAAUGAUUAUGUUUUUGUGUUCACCGUUCAGUCUCGAUCGCCAACGACGGCUUUUACGUUACAGUGGCUGUAUUGGUGAUAUUCUAAAGAGACCGGCAACUACCGGUUGUGAUCUAAGUGAUUAUCACUACGGUAAACAGUUCUUAGAUUGCAGAAGAUUUUGUUCAACGCGUCCAACAGAUUUCAUAUGCAUGAUGAAGACGUGGAUUAGUGAGCAAAAUAUUUGUACGGUACGUGAAAUUGAAAAACGAUGUAGUAAGGAUGCAGCAAAUUUCUAUGUCGAUAUGCAAACCAUUGUCUUCGAGCCACUGUUUCCUGUAAUAUGUGAAUAUGACGGUUAG